GUGUAAUUCUGAAAAAUGUCUCAUUGGUUUCGCCGUCUUCACUUGCAGCAAGCUGUGCUGAUGCUCGUUGUUUCAAACGGCUGCUUGCUGAUUGGAGUCAACGGCGGCAUAUUGCCAAAUGAACUUGUGCAUCUUAAUACACCUUCUAUCUUCGGCCAAAUAUCACCACGUGAGCAAGAAUGGUUUCGCUUACGCCUGUCACAGCGACCGGAUGCCAUGUCCCAGUCGAUGAGUAUUCCACGUAGAAACGAGCGGGAUCGUUUUAGACGAGAACUUGCACCCCCUGAGGAGCCUACACAGGAACCUCCUCAGGAACCUGACGACCCGGUCACGCAAAAAAUCGUUCCUGGUGACUCGCCUUUCCUAGAACCGUUGUUCCCAAAUUUACAGCUUCGACAAAUACCAACUGGUGACACCAGUGAUGCCCCCAACAGAAGACAAUUGUUCGUCCCACAGCGACCGGAUGCCAUGUCCCAGUCGAUGAGUAUUCCACGUAGAAACGAGCGGGAUCGUUUUGGACGAGAACUUCCACCCCCUGAGAAGACUUCACAGAAACCUGGCGACCCGGUCACGCAGGAAAUCUUGUCUGCUGACUGGCCUUACUUACAACCGAUGUUCCCACCUAAGCACAUUCGACAAAUACCAACUGGUGACUCCAGUGAUGCCCCCAACAGAAGACAAUUGUUCGUCCCCGAAAAUGGUGGAAUUAUAGACAAUCCUGGGACUCAUCCACCACUGAAGAAGUGGCUCAAAGAGUCGUUGCCAGAUCAAGAAUAUCAUGAUCAAGUAGGCGUGAUUUCGGGUGGCCAAUUUUCGGCAGGCUCAAGUCGCCAGUUCAAUGGGGAAGACAGUAUAAGAGGAACAGACGGUGAACGACAUUAGUCUGGUUUUGGAAAACUUGGUGCGAUGCUGCUACGCCGAAUGAUGCAACGAAAAAAAAUUUUAUGGCUGCAGCAGCGUCAUUUUGGGAAAAAUAAAAAAACUAAUAAGAAAAAACCGAAAAAUGUUUUAUCGCGUUGUAUCUUACUGGCUUUUUCUUUAAUUUGACGGUG